AUGCUUCAUCUAGGUUUGCGUGGAGCAACGAUAGAAGAAUAUUGCAGCAUCGAGCAUCUGCGGUAG